GCGCUCGCGCCGCCGCCGUCGAGCUCCGCCGCGCCCGCGGAUGCGGCCGCACCUGCUCGCCAUAGUCGCGAUGCUGCGCUUCACGCGCGCCCUCGUCUCGCCGGGCCUGCGCGCCCCGCGGCGCGCCGCGCCCGCCGCCGCCCUGCGCCCCUUCGCGGCGCGGCGCGCGGUCCGGCGCGGCGCCCGCGCGACGACGCAGCUCCGUUCCACGACGGAGGAGCACACGGCGCCCAUCCCCAUCGAGCUCGAGGCCGAGCUCAGCGAGUCGUUCAUGAAGUACGCCAUGUCGACGAUCCUCGGCCGCGCCUUGCCCGACGCGCGCGACGGUUUGAAGCCCGUGCACCGGCGCAUCCUCUUCGCCAUGCGCGAGCUCAACCUGACGCCGGGCACGCCCUACCGCAAGUGCGCGCGCGUCGUCGGCGAGGUCCUCGGCAAGUUCCACCCGCACGGCGACAACUCGGUCUACGACGCGCUCGUGCGCAUGGCGCAGGACUUCGUCAUGUCCGCGCGUUUGGUGGACGGCCACGGCAACUUCGGGUCCGUGGACGCGGACCCGCCGGCGGCCAUGCGCUACACGGAGUGCAAGCUCACGAAGUUCGCGUACGAGGCGCUGCUCAACGGCGACGACCUGGGCAAGGCGAACCGCGGCGAGCCGCUCGCGGGCGGCGUCUCCGUGAAUUUCAGCGACAACUUCGACGCGUCGGAGAUGGAGCCCGACGUGCUGCCGGCGCGCGUGCCCGUGCUCCUCGUCAACGGGGCCGCGGGCAUCGCCGUGGGCAUGGCGACGUCGAUCCCGCCGCACAAUUUGGGCGAAGUCUGCGACGCGGCGCUCGUCGUCGCCCGCGCGGCCAAGAGGGGCGCCAAGGCGUCCGACGACGAGCUGUCCGUGGCCCUGCCCGCGCCGGACUUCCCCACGGGCGGGCUCAUCAUGGGCACGACGGGCGUCGCGCGCGCGUACGCGACGGGCCAGGGCUCGAUCGUGAUCCGCGCGAAGACGCACUUCGAGAAGGUGCGCAGCGGCCGCAACGCCAUCGUCGCCACGGAGCUGCCUUAUCAGGUGAUUAAGUCGGAGCUGCUCGCGAAGACGGCGGACGCCAUCAACGCGCGGCGGAUCGAGGGCAUCGCGGAUCUGCGCGACGAGUCGGGCCGCGAGGGCACGCGCGUCGUCUUCGAGCUGAAGCGCGACGCCCAGGCGGAGAUCGUGCUGAGCAACUUGUUCAAGUCGACGCGGCUGCAGACGUCGUUCCCGGCGAAUAUUGUGGCCGUGGACCACGCGCUGAACGACGACGGCGACGACGUCCGCUCUCCGGUCCGCAUGACGCUGCGCUACGCGCUGGAGCGCUGGCUCAGCUUCCGCUUCGACUGCGUGCGCCUGCGCGCGGCCCACAGCGAGCGGCGCGCGGCGGCGCGGCUCCACAUCGUCGAGGGGCUGUGCCUCGCGACGGCGAACGUCGACGCGGUCGUGGCUUUGAUCCGCGCGUCGGACGCGCCCGCGGACGCCAAGGCGAAGCUCGUCGAGGGCGGCGCGAUCCCGGCCAUGGGCGCCCUGUCGGAGGACCAGGCGUCGGCGGUGCUCGCGCUGACGCUGUCGCGGCUGACGACCCUGGAGGCGGACAAGCUCGACUCCGAGCGGAAGGACCUGGAGGUGAAGCUCGAGGGGCUGCGGAAAUUGAUGUCCGAGGACGCGGCGGUCUACGACGCCGUCGUCGACGAGGUCGCGGCCAUCAAGAAGGCCUACCCGACGCCGCGGCGGUCCGAGAUCGUCUUCGACGGCGACGCGGAGCUGCGCGACGAGGACGUCAUCGAGAACGCGCGGAGCGCGGUGCUCGUCGCGCGCGAUGGCUACGUGAAGCGGACGUCCCUCGAGGAGUUCGGCGCCCAGAGCCGGGGCGGCCGGGGCCGCAACGCGCUCCAGGGCGGCACGCUGCGCCACCUCGUGACCUGCCACGACCACGACACGCUGCUCUGCAUCGCCGACACGGGCGUCGCCUACGGCGUCCGCGCGUUCAACGUGCCCCAGGCGUCGCGCGCCGCGCGCGGCGUGCCCGUGCCGUCCGUGCUGCCCGUGGACCGGUCGACGCGCAUCAAGGGGUUAUUAGCUGUAGCCCACGACACGCUGCAGAAUCCUAAACCGGGCGACGACGACGAAUUGUUCCUCGUCGUCCUCACGCGGAACGGCCUCGUGAAGAAGACGCCCCUCGCGGCGUUCAAGGGCCUCACGUCGCGGGGCCUGAUCGCCAUCAAGCUCGGCGAGGGCGACGCCGUCACGCACGCGCGGCUCUGCCGCGCGUCGGACUCGCUGAUCCUCGCGACGGCGGCGGGCAUGGUCACGCGGUUCGCCGCGGACGACUCCGAGCUCCGGUCCAUGUCGCGGACGACGCGCGGCGUCCGCGCGAUGAACCUGCGGGACGGCGACGCCAUCGUCAAGAUGGACGUCGCCGGCGGCGACCACUCGCACGUCCUCGUGCUCACGGCCGAGGGCUACGGGAAGCGCGUCGCGCUCGCGGACCUGCGGUCGCAGAAGCGCGGCGGCAUGGGCGUGUCCGCGAUCAAGUUCAAGAAGAAGGGCGACGACCUCGUGUCCAUCUGCCCCGUCGCGCCAAACGACGAGGUCAUGGUCGUCACGGAGAGCGGCGUCAUCGUCCGCAUGGACGCGGCGUCCGUGACCGCGCAGAGCCGCACGGCGACGGGCGUCCUCGUCCAGAAGGCCGCGAAGGACGACGCGCUCGUCGACCUCACCGUCGUCCCCGCGGACCUCCUCUCGAGCGACGCCCCCGGGGAGGCGUAGAGGAGGCUUAGGCCGA